GCCCAUUAUGUCAGAAUGCAUCCCCAGCUUCACAGAAUAUUGCCCAAUUUCGCACGAAUUUUGAGCGAGAAUUAUCUUGUCCCUGCAACCAAACACCCCCACCUGAUUUCUGUACACGGCGUUUGCUAUUCCCGCUUCUCCGCCUGCUCCCUGUUAAAAACACCCAUUCCACAGGGAGGCCUUCCAGUAGAAUCUCAUCCUGAUAAUCAAGACGCUGCCUCCGCCAUGCAGAACCGCCGUCCUUCAGCCGCGAAGCGACAAUCGCGGAAGAUUCCGGUAAUUCACGUCCUUCCUGGCCAAGUGGCCCUCCGCGUGGUCUGCCACUCCUCGGUCGUCGGCGGAAUCAUCGGCUUGAACGGCGCCGUCGUCUCUCAGAUCCGCCGUGAUACCGGCUCCAGAAUCCACUGCCACCAGCCGGAUAAUGGGUCGGAGCACUGGGUCAUCUUCAUCGUCGGCUCCACUUCUAUCGACAAUCGCAUCGUGUUGACGGACAGAGUCGGCAGUACAGUCGAUUGCGAUGAAGGGGAGCGGGUGGAGUGCGAGGUGUCCACCGCUCAGGCGGCGCUGAUUAGGGUUUCGGAGCGACUCUGGGCGGUUCUCGCGGAGAAGGAUCACGGCGGCGGUGCGGAGGAGGGGGCGGCUUACUGUGGGAUUUUGGCGGAUAGUACUCAAAUUGGAGCUGUUCUGGGAAAAGGAGGGAAGAAUGUGGAGUGGAUGAGGAAAGAAACGGGAGCCAGGAUUACGGUUCUUCCUCCUCCGGCUUGUGGCACUAAAAGAGAUCAACUGAUUCAGGUUACUGGAAGAGUCUUGGCUGUGAAGAAAGCUUUGAUUAUGGUAUCGGGCUGUCUUCAAGACUGUCCGCCUUUAGAUGGGUACCCGCCGCCGCUGUGCAGCAAACCAUUUGAGACGGUUGUUGAUGGAAAAUCUGAGGAUCCGCAUUCGGAGUUUUUCCCCCAUCUGAGCUCUCUUUUACCUCCUGUAACUGCGAAUAAUGCUGUGGAGGCUGCUUCAAAGGGGGACUUAUCAUCGACAGAGGUGGAGUGGACCAGUUAUUCAGAUGCAAAAGAUUCAGGACAAGAUGUUGUGUUCAAAAUUAUCUGCACAUAUGUUGCAGCUGGAGGCAUAAUUGGGAAAUCAGGAUCCGUUCUCAGAGCUCUACAGAAUGGAACAGGUGCCUCUAUUACGCUCGGAGCUCCUUUGGCUGUAUCCGGUGAUCGCAUUGUUACCAUUUCUGCCCAUGAGAACCUCGAUUCAUGGCACUCUCCUGCACAAAAUGCCCUAAUUCUCGUCUUUACAAAAUCUGUCGAGAUUGAUACUGGGAAUGGGCGGCUCACGCGUGGUUUGGGCGAUGGUGCUAUUGUGAAAGCAAAGCUUUUGGUACCUUCAGACUUUGCUAAUUCCGUAAAUGAAAAUAGAGAUAUAAUCGAAGUGACUGGUGCUGAUAUACAUGUUCUAGGAGAAGACCAGAUCCUGGGUUGCACCUCUGAGAAUGAAGUGGUGAUCGAGAUUGUGGGAGAGUACAAGGAUGUACGGAAAACCUUGUCUCAAGUGACUUCUAUGUUGAGGAAUAACCUAUCACCGAAGGAUGUCCUCAAUGAACAGGGAGUUGGUCAUACGUACAAUAGUCCGGAUAAUAACAUUCAAGCUCAUGAGAUGGAUUCCCACACACUUAAUUUGCAACAAUCGCAAAAUCCAGGCAGAGGCUGUUUGCCCUCGGUGUCAGAUGACCCGAAGAUGAUUUGGAGCGGUACAGAACUCAACAAGUCCCUCGAUUGUCUAUUUCCCUUUGAAGUUGGCAAUGAAAUGGGACAGAGGAGCACAGAUGGAGAACUCAAGAAUACUGCAUCUUCAGGACUUCAAGAGAAUGAUUUGUCUCAGGGAAUGAAAGAUCUUGAGCUCUCUAGCAACAAUGAAAUCUCUUCUUCGCCAACAGAUUCAUCGAUAAGAAAGCCAUCCGUUUCUUUGAAAAGUGUCACCAUGGAGAUAGCAGUUCGGGAAGACGCUCUUGCAACACUCUAUGGAAGAGACGGAUGCGGUCUGAGUAAUCUACAACAGGUUUCAGGAGUGAGAGUGGAGGUGCAAGAUCCUGAGGGAGGUGAAGGGACGAUAGUCAUUUCAGGGUCACCAGGGCAAAUCAGAGAAGCAAUGGGAUUGAUUGUGUCCAUUGUUGCCGAUCAAUGAGAGCCAACCACCAGCACCAAAUCCUGGUGAUAGUCACUUUUCCUUUUUUUUUUUUUGGUCUAAGAGAAUAUUUCAGCACCAAUUAGGAUGUGAAUGUAAGUAAAUUCACUGCUUAAGAGGAAUAUAUAUUCAAUAUUCUUCUUGAUU